AUGAAGAUAGGAAGAAACAGAAGAAUGGCAACAACAGUCUUGAAGGACAACAUCUACGUGAUCCUAGGACUGAGUUUGCGCAGAAGCAAGGGUCAAUCAGCGACCACACCGCGCCCCUGCCGGCGAGCGGGCACCCCGCCGCAGGCGCUGGUGGACGACACCGAGGAUGUGUCCCUCGACUUCGGGAGCGAGGAGGAGCUGGCGCUGCGGAAAGCAAAGAUCAGGCACCCACUGGCCACCUUUUUCCACCUGUUUUUCCGAGUGAGUGCUAUUAUUACCUACUUGUUCUGUGACUGGUUCAGCAACAGCUUUGUUGCCUGUUUUGUCACUAUUCUCCUCCUUCUAUCCUUUGACUUUUGGUCAGUUAAGAAUGUGACAGGAAGACUCUUGGUUGGUUUGCGUUGGUGGAACCAAAUUGAUGAAGAUGGAAAAAGCCACUGGGUGUUUGAAGCAAAAAGGGUGCCUACAAUAGCUGCCUCAACAGAAGCUGAAGCUCGGAUCUUUUGGCUUGGUCUCAUCAUCUGUCCAGUUAUUUGGACAGUGUUUUUCUUUAGCACCUUGUUCUCCUUGAAGCUGAAAUGGCUGGCUCUUGUGAUAGCUGGGAUCUCCCUUCAGACGGCUAAUUUAUACGGCUACAUCCACUGCAAAUUAGGGGGACAAAAAAGCAUCAGCGGAAUAACGUCAAGGUUUUUUGUCACGGCGGAUGUUCCCAAGAGUAAGUAG